CGACCUCGUGAGCUGCUGCGGUGUCUGGAAGAAGAACAAUAAACAAACAUGUUUUUUUCUCUCAACACCUUCAUUUAUCAUCAAAUGUCGUAAAAUCCCAUUCCAGCUUUCGCUGUAACCAUUUCACCACACAGCCCAGCAUAGAGCUAAAUGCAGGGACCAGGAGGAACGGAGCUUGGAGCUGCAGCUGCCCGCCCGGAACCUCCUGUGUCGUUGCGGCGUGUAGUGUUUUUGGUUUCUCCAGUGGGCCAAAACAUCCGAGAUCUGAGGAUCAACCAAAGAAGGUAGCAUUAUAGUUCUGAAGAUCCGACUGGACUCCUCUGUGGACAAAACGCACAUAUUGUGUGGAAUGGCUGUACAGCAAUACAAGAUGGAGGAGGACGUCUUCAUGGAGCCCCUCCCUGAGCCACUCCUCCUUAUCCUCUCCCCUCCUCCACCUUUUCUGCCCACUGUUUCUCAGCCGGUCAUGGUUUGGCCCAAGUGGCUUAAAGCUUUUGAGCGCUACAUGCGGGGCCUGGGGGAGACGGACCUGCCGGACUCCAGCAAGCUGGUGCUCCUGCAGAACUGCCUCGGCACCGAAGGGGAGCGCGUCUUCAGAAUCCUGAUCCGGAACGAAAGCACGUACGCCGCUGCCGUUGGAGCUCUGACCUCUCACUUUAACUCCAGCAGCACGUCUCAGAUGCACCGCCUUAAAUUCCACCAGAGGGUGCAGAUGCCCGGAGAGACCGCCGAUCAGUUUGUAUCCGUGCUGGAAGAACUGGCGAUUCCUUGCAAAUAUCGAAAAUCCAAACAUAAAGUCAUCCUGGAUCAGCUGAUCAAUAAAACAAACUCCGCACAACUGCGAGAGAGUCUGCUGAUGAGGAGGACGGAUCUGACCCUGCCCACGGCGUUGGCUAUAGCUCGAGACAUGGAGCUGCUUUUGGAAGAGUCUCCGCAGUACCAUGUCCAUGAGGUCAGCGUGGACAUCGGAGAGGAUUUUGACCCUCCUGUUCCAAUCAAACGCAAACGAGGGCGACCUCGCCGGGAGGAGCAACGACUUAAAGCCGAGACGCGUGCAGCUCAGCCCCCGGUGAAGCCGCCUACGCGCAAAGACGAGUACUACUACAGCAAUGAUAAGCUGUACUAUGAAAACGACGGGGAAGAUCCAGCUCCGGAGGAGUCCGACGGGGCUUGCAGCGUCUCGGAUGACGGUGAAAAGGAAGAUCCAGUGUCACUGCUGAGGGUGAAGGAGGAAGACUCCGGCAAAGACAGCGAUGAUGCAGAAGAUGCCGGUGAGAACGAAGAAGACGAUGACGACUUUGUGUUGCCGUCUACAAAGCUGAAGGGCCCCGUGUGCCCCAUAUGCCCCAACAGGCGCUUCAGAAACGCACACAAGCUGGGCAGACACAUGCGGACCCACACAAAGGAAAAACCCUUCACCUGCCCGCUCUGCAGCAAGACAUUCAGCCAGUCCUACCACAUGACCCGACACAUGAGGAACCUGCACGGUGCCGCCCAGCACAUCUGCGCCACCUGCGGCGAGAGCCUGGAGAGCUGCACGGAGCUCCAGAAACACAAGAAGACGCACCGACCCAAAGUUCUGUUAUGUCUAGACUGCAAUGAAAAAUUCUCCAACGCUCAGGAGUUUUCUGCUCACGUCAAGUCACACAGCGCCGCCUUGUCUUCCCAAGAGGAGGGUCAAAGUGGUGAUCAGGUUGAUGUAAAAACCGAGGAACCACCUAAUGAUCCGGAGGACGGCAUGUGUCCAGAUACAGAGCCUGAGGUUUCUACCUCCGUCAGUGAAAACGGCGAAGCUGAGUCUGAGAAUGGAGGACAAAUGAAGCAAAAGGCAACAGCAAAAUCUAGAAGAGAUGGACAUUUCUGUCCUAUCUGUGUCAACCGGCACUUCAAAGGAUCCAACAAACUGGCCAGACACAUGAGGACGCACACUAAAGAGAAACCCUUCGCCUGUCCGGUGUGUGAAAUGACCUUUAGUCAGUCCUACCACAUGACCAGACACGUGCGGAACCAGCACGGCCUCGGGCAGCACAUCUGCUCCAAAUGCGGGAAGAGUUUCGACACCUGGCUGGAUCUGAAAGUGCACAAAAAGACCCACGCCAUCAGGGGCCUGACGUGUUUCGCCUGCGAUAAGCAGUUCAAAGGGGAAGCUGCGCUCGCCAACCACCUCAAACUGCACCGCAAGGUGGAGUCCUCGCCUCGGAGCCUCGUCUGCAGCGACUGCGGCAAGGAGUUUGGCCGAAUGUACCAUCUGAAAAGACACCUCAUGACUCACCGGAAAGGAGCGACCGCAGAGUGCUACACGUGCCCCGACUGCCAGAAGGUUUUUGUCUUCCCAGAAGACCUCAACAAGCAUCUGGAGAACCACGUGAAGGAGAACAAAGGCAUGUGUCCAAAGUGUAACGAAAGCUUCACCAGCGCAGAAGAACUCGAGGCUCAUAUGAGCGUCCAUCAGAAGUCCUACUCCUGCAGCAUCUGCGGGAAGAAGUUUAAGGUGGAGUACGCUCUGAAGAAGCACGAACAAGGUCACCAAACCGAACAGUAUUUCUGCUCUUUGUGCCAGAAGCAUUUCCUCAAGCUCUCCCACUAUAAGAGGCACGUGUUGGUCCACAACAGACGGGAGUCUAAGUGCCCUCACUGUGCCAGCGUUUUCCUGCAGCUAACGGCCUUCAAGUACCACCUACGGACUCACACUGAAGAGAGGCCUUACCAGUGCAGCUGCUGCAUCGAAUCCUUCCAGCAGAAGGAGGAUCUGGAGCAGCACUGCCUCAAACACAGGAAGUUCAAGAAGCAGAAGCCCUACUCCUGCACCCGCUGUGACAGCGCCUUCUCCACGCUGGUGGAGCUGACUGAACACAUGAGCCUGCAUGAGGGGGAGCCGCCACAAACCUGCCCCGUGUGCGGCAAGAGUUUCCUGAACAAGAACAAGCUGGAGAAGCACCUGAGCAUCCACACCGGGGAGAGGCCUCACCUGUGCUCCAUCUGCGGCAACGGCUUCCCCUCCGCCGCCAGCCUCAAGCUGCACGCCCACAUCCACACGGGGGAGAAGCCCUUCCAGUGCAAGCAGUGCAGCAAGAAGUUCAGCUCCAACAGCGGCCUGCGCCUGCACAGCCGGCAGCACAUGGACCAGCGGCCCAGCUACGAGUGCCCCGAGUGCGGGAGGACGUACGGCCGCAUGACGGAGCUGAAGAUGCACCAGCGCUACCACACCGGAGAUAAACCCUACGCGUGCACCUGCUGCUCCAAACGCUUCAUCAGCAAGGACAAGCUGAUGGUGCACAUGAGGACGCACACGGGGGAGAGGCCUUACUCCUGCCCCCACUGCGGACAGACAUUUACGCAGACGGGGGACAGAAACAGACACAUCAGUAAACAACACAGCAACUUAAUGCAGUGAGGACUGCUCUUAGUCAUUGAACAUGAAAGGUUUAGGAAGUGUCAAUAUUCUUUGAUUUACUCUGAAAUAACAAGUUGGAAUCAUGUUGUGAUCAACAAAAACCUGUCGCACUGAAACUGAAAAGCUCCUGCAGACAAUUGAGAUAAACAAUGCUCCUUGCAGUGCUGAUUGUGGCUAAAAACCAUUUUGAGCUCUCCAAGCUUUAGUAAUAAAGACCAGACAAUACUGUUAUCCAGACAUCCGUGACAUGCCUUUUGUUAGUCAGUGUAGAAAAAAAAGAAUGUUGGAUUGAAGGAAUCCCCUUUCUUUGAUGAAAGAGGCAGUAUGCAUUUGCCAUGUGUUUGGUUUUGGAAAUGUUUUCAUAAAAGGUCAGAAUGUGUUUUCACAUUUCAAACAUGUUUGCAUGAUGGUAAAAAUCAGAACCUUUGCAAUCAGUAAGUAAAAAUGAUCCAAUGUUUGUAGAGUUUAAGCUCGUUAAUCAGCAAACUGUUCAGUCGAGCGGCAUUUUCUUCAGUCUGGAGUUUUCUGUUUGUGCUUUAUGUUUCCUGCAGAAAUGCAGAGACUCUGUCUGCAGAGCUUUCUUUAGAAAACCCUCACAUCUGGAUCACAGACUCAGAAAUGUUAUGUAAAAAUAUUGGCUUUGCAUGCCUGCAUUGUCUGUGUGGGGAGAAGUGUUUCCUGUGUGCGGCAGGACCAUGCUGAGGGAGGCUAAAUCACUUCAGAGGACAAGACUCUUAAAAUGUGUAUGUUUAUUUUUUACUUUGAUCAGUGUAACUUGUCAUAUUAUUUCAGUUUACUUUUGUUUGUUUUUAACCCAGUCAUAGCCAGAGUUGUGUUGCUGUACCCAAAUAAAUAUAACAUUCACUGUUUAUAUUUUACAUUUAUAGAAUAUGUUUCAAUUUUACAGCCAUUACAGUAAUUCUUAUCUUGGCAUUAAAUAUAAAACUAAAACAA